AUGGCGUCUCUUCUUGUUCCAAAAGCUUUCUCUCACCUUACCAAGGGGCAAGAUGGAACGUCCACUUUCAAAAGGGUUUCUUCUCCCAUCAGAUCAAAGUCAAUCUCAUCAUACCUAGCCGCUAAUACACGUUAUUUAAAAGUCGCGCCAGCCUCUCUUCCCAAGAAGCUGGAUCUUGAUAGCUUUAUUAACCAGGAAAAGGUUCGCACUAGUAAUGUGCGAGAUCUGGAGACCAUGGCCGAGCUGAUGAACCUGGCCCCGAGUGCAACGGUGGAUCCAAAGGAGGUGAGAGCAAACUUCGUUUUAGAACAGAUACUGGAGCAAAACCUGGAGGUAUGUUCUGGGAAGGGAUAUAUGAAGCCCGGAAUUACCGAGCAUGCUGAUCAGUGGCACGAAGUAGACAUUGUUGGAGUUUCCAACGAUGCGUUUCGCGUUCUGUUUCCACAGCUCGAGAUGUUUCGGCAGGCAAAAAUACAUAAUAUUAUUAUUGAGGGUCUUCAAGUGAAGCAAACCCCCUUGACUCUGGACACAGAUAUGGAAGGCACAGUGGAAAGUUCAGGGAUUUCAUUAGAUUGUCUCACAGGAGAUGACUUGAUGGAGCUUUUUAAGCUAUCCUUUCGGUCAGAAGACAAAACUUUCUUCAGGUCUCCUACUGGGGUUUACCAUAUUCGUAACGACAAAGCCGUAUCAGCGUUUUUGGAAUCUAGAAAACGAGACCGUGAAGCCGUGCUGGCUGCUUCUAGAACUGCAGUGGAAUCCCAACACUUCCCAGAGCACACGUAUCCAAGUACCCUGGACCUAUCGGGCACCGAUGAGACAAUGGACAUGCAGUUAAAAGAUUUGGAGGUAACUGCCACAAGAGCUACUGGCGUUAAUCCAGAAGAUACCUCCGAUCUAUCAGUCUUUACCAUCACGUCUAACCCUAGAGAUGAACUACAGCGUUCUAAGCCACAUGAGUUUCAGUUCCGGCAAUUCCUUAAGGAAGACACACCUUUAAUAUCUCUUCCCACGGGAGAGCCUCACAGUUACAAGAGCAAUCUCAGGGGUUAUUUGGAAGCCUCAGAAACGGAAAUAUCAUCUUCCCAACUGCAAAACAGACAGUAUGGAGCUACCAAAGGAUACCACGCAUCUGUCCUUCUAUCAUCCACAGCAAAUCAGACUAAUAUCACAAGUGCACUUGUGCCUGCAACUAGUGAUCGCAAAAAAGAUCAGAUACCAGCUGAUGACUCAAGCAGACUUGUCAGCGAAAGCUUCGACAUCCUAAGCACCCUCGAUAUCCUAGAAAGACGAGACAAGGAGGCCGUGGCAAUAGCAUCCCCACCAAAGUUGGCCCACACAGAAUGUGCACCAAUAAUAAACACAACAAACAGCGCAUACGCAUACGCACACGCACACGCACACGAGUCAUCAGAAAAGGUAGCCUUUCAGUAUAUCGACCGCAACAAUCAAGUGAUUGUGCGCGACAUCAACGAGCAAUUCCUUCAGAAGUUCUCCAGGAUACACAUCUAUCAACGGAUGAAGGAGAGCUUUGAGGCGGCGCUUAAAAGGCUAAACCAGCUUGUCGAAGAAAAGAGCACUGCUAAUAGACCGUACUUGGACUUUCUUUCCACUGCAUACAUUGGGCACACUCUCUUCUAUAAUCUCAAAACGCGCUUGAGUGAAGACUACUGCAUCGAUUGCGUAGCUGAGAUCGAGGAGCGUCGACUGCGUGUGAAAAAUCGCGAACGAGACUAUAAUUUAUUCAUAUCCACACUCCAGGCCAUUAAAGACAAAUCAGAGCAGCUUCAAGAUAUACGUAGCAAGUCUGUUUGCGGAUUCACAACAGUGGUCACGGCCCCUCCUCUCCCCAUCCUGCCGUCCAUUUACAAGGAAGACCAAAAAGAGGACAAAUCCGUUGCUAAAAGAGCCACUUUCUGUGCUGCAUCUGCGCUGGAGGAUGAGGCAUCGGAAGAGUACGUAUUAACUUUAAUGCAGCUUCGCCAAAGGCGGGAACGCGUAUAUGAUCAUUUUGAGAACAUGAUAGCGGGGCACAAGCAGGUGCGUUCUGCCGCAGUCGAGCUAUGCUUGAGUGCCAUUAAUACUAGUCGUGUCAAGCUAGAAAGUCUUGUUAAUCCUGCGCUUAAGCGUACAGCUCAGUUUGAUGGCUUUGAUGCUCUCGAUAACCUGUACAAAAGCUACAUCGAUCAUGCGCUGAGGACCGAUUUUGCCACUGAAAUUAUUGAGCAAGCAGAUAGAGACCCAAGCCACGAACUGUACUGGUGUGCACGGCAACUCCUCCGACUCAAGCAUUCCAGCUACAAGAACUAUCAGAAGUACAAGUAUCCUAGCUUCUGUCCUCAUCGCCGGGAAGCCUUUGAAAAUGCUCGUACGGCCUUGAUGGAGAACAAGAUAUUUUGGGGGGCAUCUGAGUACAAGCGUGUGUUCAGUGAUCUCAUGUCCACGGUGCAGGAGCAUCUGCAAUACCUUAUACUCACCCCAGAGCUGCUUACACAUCUUCAGGACACAUUCAUCCCGAAAAUAAGUGAUUAUCUCUUUGCGAAUAUGGUUUUCCAGACAGACAUAGACAAGGACACUAAAGCUCUUCUCUCUAGACCAAGUACUGGAAGGGUCAAUCUGCAGAAUGCACUACAGACGCUCCCCGGCGGGGCCAGCCCCGAUAAAAUUUCCUAUGCAUCAGAAAGCUCUGUGCGAGCAGAUAACGGCCAUCAGAAAAGACCAAGAGAGGACCCCGAGGACCGUGAUGUUAACGUCCAGGCCACCAAUCAAACACUAAAUCCUGUUCUCAAAAGACCAGUCAAUCAAGAACUAACAAGUGGGGCAGACCUACCGAUUCUCAACGCUGCCUACAAACCCAAGAAUGCCUACGAAUGGAUUCAGCGUAGAUACUGGCAGAUUCAAAGCAACCGUGAGCAAGAUAUCUUCCGACGCAAAGAAGAACUGGCACGCCGAGACGCUGAAGAGGCUGCUAAGACCGCGUCCGCCCUGAUGACCAAAGACUUCAGCUAUAAGCCUGGAGGGCGCACGCAAGCUGAGGAAAUAUACGAGAAGAUCUUCAAGUUUCCUGCUCCAGGCGAGACGAACUUCAUGGAGAAACUCAGCGUUUAUCUGGCUAACUGUUUUAUCUUGCUUUAUGAAGUCCUCUUUCCAUUUAUUCAAGAGUCCCUCAUGCUAAACUUUUCGGACCUUGCCUUUGAGCAGAUGACCAGGAAGGUGAAAGCAUACUGCAACUUAACGGGGAUUUCACGGGACUCUCUCGCUGCAGAUAUUGCGUUUGAAUUUCAGUGCCAAGCUCUUGAAGAAAAUAGGCUCCUACUUCGUAAGGUACAGAAGAAAUUUGAGAUUCUUCUCUUUAAACUACUAUACACCUACGUAAUGGAGGACAUUUACCCCCAAUGGUCCGUCUUUAUCCUCCUCCUCUUUCAUGGAGCUGACCGGGACAUGCGCUACAUUGCUCAAUCCAAGGCCCUAACCUCGUUUAGCCACGUUCUAAAUACUUCGCGGUUUAAUGACGAGUACAUGGGCAUUCUUAAAAAGGCGCACGAUCUGAACAUCACAAUGGGGUACGCAAAGCUUUACACUGACGUUGAGAAGCUUGACAGCCUAUCUAUGAGCUCUCUUGGCGGAUUUGUGGCUCCUAACUGUACAGCUGACUUCACGCAGAACUCCCCACUGGCCAUUCAAUUGAAUAGAACACUUGCAGACGCAAUGAUGAAAAAUAUCAGUCUUAUCAGUGAUAUAAAUAGAACCAAUGGCAAAGCACCUCAAGCAAUGGUACUUGACGCACGUGGAGCUAACGCUCACUCUACUAUCUGUUCAACACAUCCCACGGCAGUUGUGCAAGAUGUUCCUGAAACAACCACAGGUGAUGCUUACCUCUUCACGUCUGCAGAUGUCCUCACCAUUUCUGUCCAGCGAAUCCAGAACAUCACAGAGAUGCAUGACUUUAUCUACUCUCAACCUACUCAGUGGUACUUCUCUGAGAGAAUUAUAACAGACAUUAGGUACCUAAACAAAGAAGAGGAAGUUCAGUUCUCGUUGGCUGAGUCACGGAUGAAGGAAAUUAUCUCUUUAUUUGCCAAUACCGAAUGCGUACUCUCUGCCGUUAGAAAUCAACGCGGGCUUUUGACUAAUCUACUCUUCACGCCGUCUCCAAAUGAUAUUUUCUCCAGUUUACCUAUGUUUGUCUACGACCUUGUGGAUUUUUAUUCCUCGUGUCCAGUUUUUGCUGACAACCUAUUUCCAGAACCAGGAUCAUCAAGCAAGGAUCCUGCCACACGCCCCUUUGGUGCCAAGUACAAUAUACCUACUACAACCGAUAAUAUGAACAACUUUACGUUUGAGGCUAUUGCCCGGUUGGGAAACGACGAGCCCCUCCAAAGGGUUAUCCACGAAGUCAUCACUACAGACAAUAGUCUACCUAUACGGAGCGGAUCUGAUCUCAUGGUGACCCUAGGCAACAACUCAUCGUUGCUUGCCGGUAUCAGUCGUCGGUCCAUGAAGAAGACAAACGCUAAGAAGGACAUAUUACGGCGUACGUUGCUUAGGAGCACAAGCCAUCAGGUUUCCUCACGAGCUGCCGUUCGCGCUAGCGGAAGAAGCAUCAACUUUGGUUACUCGUCGCAGGAAAGUCCGGGAGAAUCUCGACGGCGUGCACGUAGCAAGCUCACACAGUACAGAACUCGCAAUGCCAGCCCACCCACUGUGCCCAUUCGCACGUCCCAAGUCGUUCCAGAAGGAGACGUCCCCUUUAUGGACAUGACGGGGAAAUCAGACCUUACUACCGUCGCCAACAUCUCUUUUAAUAUCAAAACUAGAAAUACUACAUAUUCACAGCAGGUCGCAUCGUUCUUUGACACCCAUGGUCGGAUUGGAACCUACAUGGAGGCAAGAAAGUGUAACCGCUUGCACUAUGAGCCACCAACCAUCCUCUAUAGACUAGCAAAUCUCACCAAGCAUGCAGCACUCAAUCUCAAAAACUACUUAGAUAUGGUUCUUGCUUUCUUGAUGCGAUAUGCUAAAGAGAGUCUCAAAUUUGCAGAGCGGCUGUUGAACGCGCAAGAACUGGUUCCCAGCUUCAUAAUUGAAAGAAAUUGGCAGGUGCAGAGCUUACUGAACAAAACGCAAACUCGCAUAAAGGAGUACUAUAAAGCAGCGCGCAUGUCGCUCCAUGCAACAUUCAAAGACAGGCACUGUGAGGAAAAGACGAAGGCCUCUGGGAAGGAGGCUUUACAAGAGCAAAGGCUAUUAUCAGAGCAUGCCCACGACCACGGAGCGCCUUCGCUUCCCCCAAGAAGGCCCUCAUGUGGUGACAGUACGACUGAGCCAAACAGUAUAUUCGGUGACACCUUUAUAGACAGAGAGCUUCCGUUCGUUUAUGAAGCUGAGCUUCUGUCCCAGUUCUUGCGGUCUGAUGUCCUUCUAACAGCAUUCACGGCUGAUUAUGUCACUGGCUCAGCUCCUCCAGAAAUUCUUUUGUCCCAGAUAAUGUCACUAACAAAUAAGUCGAGCUACGUUUCCAGAGCACUUCUAGCUGCAUAUCAUUUAUACGAUGGCUUCUGGUGCUUAACCGUUAUGCCCACAGAGUGCUUUUUCGGAACGCUCAAACUAGACCUUAAGCAAGUACUUGUUCGGCUACGGCAUAUUUACGAGAACAUUUUCUUGUUAGCAGCGUCGCGUAUCGAUGAUUAUAUAUACUUAGCCUCACGGGUUGCCCAGACAUGUGUACAGGCAAUGCAGCUCUCCUUUGGCUCCGCCAAGUUUUCUACUCUGGAGGAGAUAGGGAUGUCCUUUAGCCUCUUUAGGACAUUCAUGCACAACAUUCCUGUCUGGGGUGAAUACCUCAGUACCAUGCAAGGUGUGGAGAAUCAUCUCUCAGAGGUCGCGUACGGAACGAAAAUAAGCUCAGUCUAUGCAAAUUUGCUUCGAUAUCGCAUCCAGGUGUCUAGGAUGCUCUUUGCCAAUCAAGGAUUACUCCCCAAGAUAGGCAGCUCUCUGCACACUGUGCAUCACAUAGCCAGAGGUGUAAUUAGUCAGAUUGAGAGCUGGGUCUAUUCUGCCUCUGAAUCCAUUUUCCCACGAAUCGUUGAGAUGCUCUCACUCACGGCACACGACAAAUUAAACUGCAACAGAAACGUCUCUGACUUCAGGCGACGCUUCGCCAAUAGCAUAUGCAGGAAUCUAUCGCUGCCCUUUGGGAUAGAUUCUACACAAGCGUGCACCGGGGCAUCGUUUCAACAGCUUCUUUACGCUAGCAUAUGGGCACAAUCUGGGCUCCCCUUCCUUUCAAAGAAGAGUAUUCAGGACUCUCGCCUCAUUUUGCAGCAGAACAAAAUCGAUUACCGUACCACUAGCUCCUUUCAGUUUUUCGAGAGACCUCAGACAAUCCACCCUAUUCAUAUUUCAACCGUGUUUCUUGAGAUGGAGGACUUAAUUAAGCGCUUGAUCGAGCUGCUACAGAUAACCAACAAAUCAAAUUGUGAAAUCUUGGGCUUCUACAACUCCCCAGACUAUAAAGAUCUAAGCCCGGCAGAGCUAUUUACAUGGCUAGAAAAGAACGGUGAAUUUGCACGUGUUGACAAGAUAGACUAUGUGCUCUUUGGAGAUAGCAACGACAUGACGAAGAUAGGGAUAAAGGUUGAGUCCGACACGAGUGAGGAGAAGCUCGCUGAGAUAAGAAAGGCGAAGCUAGCAUAUUACUCCAGGUUGCUGACGCGAGGAGAGCCUCUUCCUAUCAAACCAGAGAACAUAAAGCUCAUAAUAAGCGAAUCCCCAUACUUGCCCGAUGUAACCAUCGAGACUAGAUUGCGAUCACUGUUGCCCCUGGUAUCUCUCACUUGCAAGCUGAUUCUCUUAAGUGACGACCUAAGCACUCAGAUUGAAGAUUGGUUCUCUCAAUCUAUCAAUGCAAUCUCCAUCCAGGACAUCAAGAUUGCUAUAAUUCACGCUAUAGAUGUCGCUCUUUCGUUUCUUGCGUCUGUCGGCGACGAAAUUGCUAUAUCCUCCAUUGCCCGUAUGAUCUUUGAAACGUUAAGCAAAUACCGGCAACAAUUCAUCGUCCUUUUCAUCAUAAAGGCUGCUCUGGAUAAUACGCAAGUAGGCUUUGGAUAUGAUGUAACUGCGUACGACACGUUCCAGCCGUACAAUAAGGGUGACAUUUCCUUCGACGAAUACCUGGGUAUAGAUAGUAGAGAGCCUCUAACCAUAUCUCUAUACGUUAAAGACCUGCUCUCUAAGGCCCAGUAUCAAUUAACAGAUGAUGUCAUAGCAAGAAAAGCUGUGGACACCUUCAUUGAGUAUGCCAACAAGCUGCAUUUUGCGAUGAACACAUACUGCAUUAAAACCCGAAUUGAUAAACUAAUUCAGCUUCAGCAUCAUGAGAUUGCAUUAAGUGUUUUGAGUACGCACGAGUCCAUUCUCUUGGAUUCCUUUUUAUUACCUGUCUUUUGUGAUUCCAGAAGUGACUUUUCUCUUCUUGCAGAGCCGGACUUUUUGUCCACCGAAUUUUCUAAAACACCGGACGCCAGCUCAUGCCUUCUUCCUCCCAUGCGUCCAGUUGUGCAUAUAAGCAAGGUUAACGGUCGUUCUGGCAUAGGAAAAUUCAUUACCACGGUUAACUGUGCUGGGUACUAUAGCUAUAAGUCAAUUGUAGCUAAGUCUCUCAUGCACGAUUUACAUUUACCCCCUCUGCGGAUCCUGAAGAUGACUCCUGCUAUCCGCUCGCUGCGGAAACUGCGGUAUCUCAUGGUGGGUGGAUCUGAGCGUAUGCUUAUGCAGUCGAUGCACCAUUAUCAGGCGGAUCUUCUCACAUCCUUCACUUCCUACCACACUGACAGCCUGUUUGAUCUAGAGUGGCUCAGCUCCUCGUCAAUCAUUUCCUAUUAUAACACAACCACGGGAACACUCUUUAGCAAGCCUAUUUCUUGUUACAAUGUAUGUAAGCCUGAAAUAGAUGAAUAUCUGGCUGAUCUCGCCCGCGGGCCAAUUGCUGCAUGUCUUCACAAUGCCUUAGAGCAGAAGAGUGACACGGCAGCACAGAUAGAGUGGGCAUCUGUUGUCGAAGCCCUGGGAUUUGCACUAGCAGACUUGAGAUCCAUGGACAGUAGCUCUAGGGUGGAACACGUUCUUCAAAACAGACUCGAGGCGUUCUGGAAUAAUCUUGCAGAUGUCGUGAGCUGCUCAAGCUUUUACAGGGACGCAUAUGAGCAUAGUUCUGCGGCAAGAUAUGUCUUUCAAGUGUCUACUCCGGAUACCUUUGACGAUCUAUACACAACUGACAAUACCAUUUGCUUACACUCCCGUAACCUCAGGGAUCUUCUUCGCAUACGUAAGUUGCACCAGGGUGCUAAGCUUCGGCCCAAACAACUCGCUGUCCCCAAUGCUGGUAAUCUUUCGCCUUUCAUCUCUGGAUAUAUAUUUCCAUACAGUAACCCAUUUAUCACGCGACUCAAACACUUUCAAUUCACCGUUAUGCGUGGGCUUUAUGAACAGCAGCUCUGGAUGGAGCCAGCUGUGUCACAUCUCUAUAAUAUCAACGUUAUAGUACAGCUUAUCCUGCUCCAGUCGUGUGCGUUUCGAGAGCUAUCUGCUCUCAAUUUGUGUCUUAGCAUUAAUCACUCUGCCUCAGCAUCCUUUGAAUCAGAAUCUUCGCUAGCUAUUAGGAUUGCUCCAGAAGGCUUGAAAAAGAGCGCGUGUAACAUAUUCUGUUAUAAGCCGUUCAUAGAGUUCCCUUCCCCUCCAGAGACCUUUGGUCAAGUAGUGAGUGACCUAAUCAUGGCCUUGAAAUAUGCAUCUGUGUCCCGAUUUAAUGCUAACUUGAGCUUUAACCAGUUAGCUCUUCGGAAAACGUCGCGCCAGGGCCUGUGGACUCUAUGCUCAGACAUCUUCAACACGCAGACAGCCGCUAUCAAAACAAAUGCUCACGUUUGUAGCAGCCAACUUCUGAAUCCUCUUCGCACGCACUUAUCUGGGUAUAGACUCUUGUUCUCCGCAAUAGUAGAGGCUACCUUAUACGAGUCCUACUACUCUCCAGUUUGCCGUCCUAAGCUUGCUCUCAAGGUCCCCGAAUUAACCUCCAAGCAUCAGGAUCCUCUUCCCUUCAUACUAAUCCCUCUGCCGCAACGCAUCAUUGAUGCCAUAUCGACGGUACUCGCAUGCUGUGGAUAUACAGGAUACGAAUUUGUUGCGUUUAAGCUUCUGUAUCCAACUGGAGUGUAUGUUUACUAUAUCGACGGCAUCCUGCAGCGUUCUCGAUAUGCUCAACGCUGGACCAAAACAUACUCCAUCCCGCAGAGCUCCAGUGACCAACUGUUAUUCACAAAAGACACUGUUUCUUACUCUCUCCUAAUAGAUCCUGUGCAGCGCGUUCUUACUGAGCGAGAAGCGCUGGAAUACAUCCCGUUAGCCACACCGUUGUGCUUCCAAUACUUACACCUUUUGUUCACUACUACAACAAUUGCAUUCAUCAACCAUUGCCUAUCCUUAUCAUUCGGUCUUUACACAACACAGUUUGCUAACCUCCUACAAACAGAGCUGCUGUGCUCAGCUCCAGACAGCCCCUACCGUAACGAACUUUCGUACUUUGUGCGAGGACUACCUCUCCGAAUCACGAUUCAUGCCAUCAGAAAGCUAAUGCUCAAUAUUCAAGAGGGCGCCAUCUACCAACACAAGGAUAGUCUCGAGACACUUGACAAUCUGGGCAAUCUUGUGGGCUCUCUUCGCCAACUUGUCAUCGAUCAUAGAAAGUAUAAGGUUCUUACCUUUGAUAAGAGCUACACGGACCUCAUACUGGAACGUGCUAUGCAUCGUCUUUCACGGUUACACGACUUGCGGGCCGAACCCCUUACUAUCUAUACCGGUGAUCCCCUUAAACUUGGUGAGCUGUAUGCCGCUAGGACCUCUGAUUCGUCAUACCAUCCAGCAAUGCACUCCGCGGAUGUAGACUCUCUUUGCGCGCUUUCCUCUAGUGACGAGGACGACGACGCACUAGACCCAGGGGUGGAUGCUGAAGAGGCACUUACCAACUUGCGAAACAAGCUCGAUCACCGGCUUGAGCAUACUGCACAUUCGCAGAUGCGUUAUAACGCUGAUCUUUGUAGGGCUGACCGACAAUUGAGUGGAAGCGUCGAUCAGACAUGUGCCACGUCAACGAGUCCUGGGGCCGGUGAUACGGUUUCCAGAGCAAUGACAGUGGAUAGGUUUUUGACCAUUGGACAAAUAACAAGCCUAUUCGGCUUUUCAAAUAGCAUGCUGGAGGCGUCCAUUCUGUUACCCUGCUUCAGUGACGCGCGCUCGCAGCAUAUCUUGGAUGUUCUUGAUGAGAUGGACACUUUACUUUCGACAGUGCGUGGCUGCGUGAACAGGAACCCAGACACUGGUGACAUCAGCAUUGAACAGACUAUCUCCGUCUGCCCCGAUUUUAUGAAUACAUAUUCUUCCCUAAUCACAUGUCCGACUAAAGAGAUUGAAAAGUAUGAGGAUUCUCUUGGACAGCACCUUAGGACAAUCAGUGCUCAAUCUUCUCCUAAGGUUGAUCAGUCAAUGUAUACGUUUUGUCAAUCAGAAAUAGAGGCCAUAUCAUCUUUUCACAACGAGGUCUAUUCAGAAGGGGGAUUGAUAGGGCGGCUUGGGUCUGCCCCGCUUGAAGUUGAUGCUCCGUACUUUGCACCGUCAUUUAGAGGCCUGACUUCCUUUGUCAAGGCAACGGAGUUGUUACUACUAGAGCACUUUGCCAUUCUGGUAACUCCCACAACAACGGGCUACUCUGACCCAAGGGUACUUAACUUCCUCAACGUAAAACUGCCACUACAUAUGGCAUACAGCGUCAUCUUUGUAUCUGUAGCGUCGAGAUUCUUCUCUGCUUCGGAGGUUUUAAAGCUCCUUGCUACACCAGUGCUCGUCGUCAUCCGUGAUCUAACUUCAGAACCUGUCAAGAACAACUUACCAGCCUCCCUGCAGGAGCUGGCAUCUCUUUUUGCUACUAUUUCAACAGUUAAAGCUCCAGGCCGGCUAAUUAUCUGGGAUCCGUCACUCAUUGCGGCGGCUUCUGAGCCCGUCGUCUAUGAGCUGUCUCCUGUGCUUCGCAGUGCUCUUGGAGCAGCUCAAAUUCCCAUAUCUUCCCACUACAUAGUGAUGGCUUCUGACUUGUUUGAAUGGUGUAUGCCACCACCUAUUGUCUCUCUCCCGCAACCUAUUGUGUGUCUUGCGAAGCUACUUUCUGGCUAUAUUUCAAUGCCUAAAGUUUCACUAGACACGAUAGGGUCCUUUAUAUCCCGCAUCUCCUCUUGUACGUCUGGCGCAGACACUGAGCCGCGAGCUAGCUAUCGCAUGGCGGUCGGCCUUCUCUCGCUGCAGUGUCAUACUAAUCAUAGACUAAUGACCCUCUUGGAAGCGAUAUCAUCUGUAAUAGGAAAGUCCGAGCUGGGUCUGGGCUUUACUGGCAAGAAUGCUCUAGAAGCCUUAAGAACCUUUCUGGGCAUCGAGUUUUGGGGCACAAAGGUGCUGUUGGCAGUUGCUCCGAGGCUGCCUGCGUUCGUUUAUCUUCUAUCUCCAAAUCCCUGUAGCAAUGCAGUUCACAAAUUGGCCAGUAUAUCCAUUAUUGGACCGGUCAUUGACAAUACAAGCACUCGAGACCUAGAACUUACUGGCCCGCACAUUAAUUGCAGUGCCCCCAUACUACUAGAAGUAUUAACUUCAGUUUGUCUACCCUGCAUCCAUUGCCCGCGCUGGGUGGAGAUGUUCUAUGAACAGUUUUAUGCAACAGAUUGUCGUGGCCUCGUACCCCUGAAUACUAAAGGUUGGGGGAUUCUCGCCUCCCUAGCUUACAGUAUUCUAAACAGAGUGGACAACCUUAUACACGGCCUAUACUUGGGAAUUACAGACUUCAAGCUAGACUUUAGUAGUACCUCAUGUCUGUCUAUCAUUGAGAAGGUUUCUGCCCAGCCCGUUCUUACACACGGCUUCGAUCUGAUGACAGACACAUACACCACCGAACUGCUUAUUCUAUCAUUGGUGCGUAUAUUGACGGACUUCCAGCUCUCCAGCAACACCCUUUCCUUAAAAGCGCUUCUCAAUAAGUCUGGGACUGGGCAUGGUACUGCUUUGAACACUAAAGAAGAAAUUUUCAAAAUCUACAAUGGAUUAGAUACCGUUUCAAUCAUCAGUGCAAUCCACGUGAUACGAAACCUUAGCGAGCUGCAUACUUUGUACAGCGGGGAGGUUAUUCUGGACUCUCACUGCAUCUACAUAUUAGUGAUUCCCGAGCAGCACAUCCCAGUCACCUCAGAUCGCUACUAUCACAUCAUGCGCAUAUUAUCAGCCAAAAGAGAGAGCACCACCAAGCUGAUUGUCCUUACAAACUGUCGCUCUAUCUAUGGUCGCUAUGUAGAGCUGGGAAUCACCACUGAGAGCCCGCUUGCUCAGGAGUUGGAUGGGCCUUGUCUUCAUGGCAUGCUGAGCCAUGCGCAUCUGCUCUACGAGUUUGCGAGCAACUUAUCCUAUAGCAAUAUAGUAGAGAGCUACAAUGCUUCAACGGGCGCCUUUGCGGAGCUGGAGGCAGCAAACGUGUCUGCAACUAUGUUCGAAGAGACACUCUCCAAUUUCGUCUUCACUCUUGAGCAGCGUAUCUUUGUGGUUAACUUGGCCGAGUGCCUCAAGAUAUUGUUUGUUCCCAUCCUAUACAUCCCCCUUGAAGCUUACAAACUAACCCCCACUCUGUCAACUCAAACUCUGUCUGGAAUUUUGACGAUCUACCUUUACUUGUUACAGCUCUACUCCGUGCUCACUGCAAGGCCAAAGCUAGGAGCACUACGAGCGUGCAUCUACCCUCACUACAGCUUUGAGUGCAACAUGGACUUUUUAAUGAUCAUUACAUUGAUAACAGAUAGGUUUUCUACAGCUCUUGCGUACAUAAUCGCUAUUCUCUUCUCUUUUGCCACCACAGCUGUCAAGCUCUUCUUGCUAUGUUCUACUGAUCAUGUCUUCAACCGCGAGUUACUCCUGUCUAAAUUAAACAAUGACCCGGCAACUGCUCUAGCAAAGCAUCACAGUAAGUGCCUUUGCGACAUGAUACAACUGGUUCUCCUUGAGAAGAAGGGCAAAACCCAAUAUGAAUGUGCAAUGAACAAAAUUUCGUCUGAGUUCAAUCAACCACUAUUUGAAUGUACUCAGAUACUAAAUCAUUAUUUCAAAGGCAUCAUUGAUUUGCUGAAUUUGCCAGGAGAUUCGCACGUAUAUCGAACGCCAUAUCUUUAUCUACUUCCGCAGUUUCCAGACUUGUCCGCAUCCAUAGAGGCCACAUGCAGUUCUUAUGAAUCCAUUCUUGCUGUCCGCACAAUUGUAGGCUCGUACAAGCACUCCAAGCCUGAAGCCCUCGAUCCUCUGCGCCACGUUACGUUUGAAUUAACUCCGCUACCUUAUCCUAGUGACUUCUUGGCAGAUAUCACGGAUGCCCAGGUUCCCACGGGAGACCAUGAGGCAGACUUGCUGGUUUAUCGGGCUGUUAUCUAUCAGCACAAGGGCAUCAGCAGAGAGGACUACAAAGGGUUUUCCCUUGCUUACUGCUUGGCUGCGUCCGCUUACUUCUGCAGGCCUUUUUGUCUCGCAGCUAGUCUCUUCGGAGUUCAGAACACGGUUGUGCUAAAGUAUGCAUACCCUCUCAUCAAGCAAGACUGCUCCACCAUGGUUCACACUGAGUACGUGUCGCCGUCUUCGGUGACAUCUAGUUCUUCUUUAGAUAUUCUCUCACUGCGUUCGUACUAUCGUGUUACUAAGUUAUAUUUGCGUGACGAGUCAGAUAUCCGCGUGUUUCUCUCUCGCCACCACACCUGGUUUUGUUUAACAGAGGACUCUAGUGAGAGGCUUGCUAUAGCCUUUGUGCGAACGAUUAUCAUUAUAGAAGUGGAGUGUCCAGAAGUCCUAGCAUCGGGCUUUCUGUCCUCUUUUGCAUAUCAUCAACUAAUACAAAUGCCAGAUUCACUUGGUCAUGUAAUGACAUACAAAAUGGUCAAUGUUUGUCCCAUAAUUAACAUUUGCUUGGCCAUAGGGCAAACGAAAACUAAUGUUAACGCCUUGAACUUGCUUAGCCAUUUGUAUUGUCCGCAUGCCAUAGCAGAUUGUUAUUCUAGUCCCGAAGGGGAUACCGGUACUGCAGCGCUUUUCACCCCCACACAGCAAGUUCUGCUCUAUGUCCUUCAAACAGAAAUAGGGGCCUUGCUUGACCCUGCAGCCGUUGUGCAUCUGUGUAAGCGCCUCGCAUGUUUAUCAAUACCCUACACUUCUCUCUUGCCUAUCCUUUGGGCAUUCUCCCAACUGUACUCUCUAUAUUUAUAUUCAAAUGUAUUAACUAGUCAGGGCACUCGCUCAAUCAACUCGCCAGAGACUUCCACAAGGACCACAGAAGCAGUUGACAGCCUACUUGACUUCGUCUACUUUCAGCAAUUUGGGCUUCAGAUUGCAUCCAGCAGCAACUGGUCGAAUCCUCAGCAGUUAAUAGAAACCAUGGUGACCAACUUGAUACCAGCUCUUUCCUCUAUCUCAGUUGAGUCCUCAUCUAUUCUUGCGAGCUCAUUGAGUAGUGAGCCUAGCAUUUGUCCGGUUUUUUCUAAAAACUAUCUAUUACAAAUUCUUUCUAUUCAUAUCAAUGCAGUCCAUAUGCGAAAUCUUUUUAAUAGGAUUAUGUUCCAUUAUGCUGGAACUGUGGAUAGACGCGACAAGGUAUUGAUGCGAAUGCGACAGGCAACAUCUUCAAGUUCAAACGAUAACCUACUUGCACCUUCUACCCGCAAUAAUUUACUGCCAUCCUUUAGCUUGGAUUCUAUAGAUACUUCUUUUAGAAGUCCAUUGAUCAUCUUGGACAAGCUUUUGAAGGAUGCCUUUCACAGACGCCUUCCAUCCACGAAGCUAGAAAAACUAUUCACCUUGCCGUAUGUGAGCGGCAUUCGGACGCCUAUUUCCGUUGUCAUUUCAUCGUACUUAUCUUACGACGAAUUUGUCUUCACCGUUUCACGCCUAACCUGCUCCGAAGUCAAGGUCCCAAUGAGCUCAAAGCGGACGUCCAUCAGCUCAGUGGUUGUUGACCUAGGAGGAAUCUGUGGUGCCUAUCCUUCUGCAGAUAUAGGUGCAAACCAGACCCUUGGCCAGCUUUCAUCUAGAGAAAGAAUACUGAUGGGUAUCCGGGCUGCCGUUGGAAGCAUCCUCCGUCUAUCUCCUUCUAUCUACAUGCCUACAAAUGCGCGGAAGGACCGGACAGACACGUAUCUUCUUCGAGCGUCUGUCUCAUAUUAUGACGAGCAAAGAGAGAGUUGUAUGGCUACAGCACCAGAUAAUAUAAAGAAAGACGCUGGUAGGUAUUUGUUUGGCACAUCUGCCGCUGCCGAUGAGUACUCUGCCUCCAUGUUUGAACUCUCGAUCCCGUUUCCCGUGGGCAGGUUCAUAAGCAUACCAUCCCCGUCCUCCACUAUAUGCUCGAACAUCCAUGAUGUUCAGGCAUCUCUAUACACCUUUGCCACAUAUGCCGGGUUUCAACCGGCGAUGCUGCCCGAGUACAACAGGGUAAUAAUUAUCGCUCCAAUAUCUCUACUUCUGGGAACCAGUACACUGGACGUGCUAUCGUCUCUUGGUGAGAUGUCGUCCUCAGAGAGUCUUUGGCAGCCAUCGGAGCUGUCAGAUGUUCUAUCUGAUUUUACAACCAAUACCUCUGUCUCAAUGCCAACACUGCCCCUCCUUAAUAGUAUUAUUGCCACUAGACUGAGUAUUUUCAUCUUUGAUGAUCUCAACAUUAUGGACUCUAAAGCGGUCCUCAGCCCUGAGCUCCAGCGUCUACGCGCACUUGCCACUAUACUCAAUCUGCAGGACUAUUCACACAUAUUGCCCACAAAUCUUCAAGUGUUUACGGAGGCCUUUAACUUAGAUUACUUCUAUACUGAGGAAACAUUUGGAGAGGAGCUCAAUGACACUGACUCUAAUGAAGCAGCAUCGCCUGUGCUCGGUAAUGAUAUCCACUUGCUGACUACUCCCUCAAAGGAGAAACCGGUGAGUUUUCUUCCCGGCGAUCUGUUAACGUUUACUGAGAUAGCCACGAAUAGCACAAAUCCUUACAUUAUAACAAUGAGGCUCCGGUGCUCCUAUCUUCUUAAAUACAUGUGGAGGCUCUUCAGUUCAGAAUACACUCUUCCCCAGAAUAUACUGUUGGCUGUGUUUGGCUCAGCUGGCAACGGGUAUGCACUUUCUAACAAAUCCAUUCCAUCCACCGCGAUAACGGUUAAGUCUCAGUUGGAGAGCGUGCAGAAGUCACGCGUGCUAUUGUCAGGCAAUUCUACUCGGCUGCAAUCCGGACUAAGUAACUUUAGUUCUGCCAGGGAUUUGUCAAACGAAGAUUUUGGGUCAGCACAGCUUGAUACCGAACUUCGGCAGCUCUCGAAGCGAACAUUACUAUAUUGCAACCUAAUAUAUAGAAUCCUUGCGACUGGGGCCAUAAAAGAGAACCCUGUCGUAACCUCUAAGCAGACUACUUUGCUCUCUGACAAAUUUAUCCGUGGAGCAAAGGAACCUGUACCACUAGCCACAGAUCCUGACUCUGCUCAGGAGUCCUCAUAUCAUCACUCAGAGUCGCAGUUCGACUCUCCUCGACACUUAUCACUCGAGAAAGGUUUGGACUCAGAUACCACCAGUGAUUCCGCCACUUCCACACUCAUUAAAGUUAUCCUCGAACUGUUGCCGCAAGCGACUGCUGAGUUCUCAGUUCUGAAGCACUAUGUGUCGAUAGAACUAAUGACUUCACUCGCUAAUGCACUCAGCAAUAGCAUAGUGCUAUACUAUUCCAAGGAGCAUCUGUCCAUUCAAGAUAGUGCUGUUACAUUGGCCAAUUUGCAGCACCACAUCGGCACUCUCCAAAGUGCUGCAGCUUCCCAUGCCAAGUGCGUAGAGGAGGUUGAUAGCCUUAUCCAGACACAAGAGGAAUCUAUUUCGACCUUACUAAAGCAAGAGGUGGAAUAUCAAACAACGGUGAAUAUGCUACUCUCAGAAAAGGAAGCUCUCGGUUUGACCCUUGACACCCAAUUAGAGGAUCUGUUCUUAAAGGUGGAACCUUGUCGCAUAAAGAUAGAAGAGGCCAUCAGCUUUCUCUAUCGCCUAUUCCAUGUCUCAUUGGAAGCAUCGCCUGACCUCCUGCUCUCUGACAUCUCCGUGGAGCUUUUAGUAUCCUUGUUUGGCGUAUCAAGAACCUUCCUCCAGGCAUCAACACUGUCCAUAGAUACUGCGCUAUCUAUUAAGUUAACAGAACUCGAUAUUAGCCACAUUCUUAAUACGCCUCUAUCGCCUGCUGCACUGACCCUUCUAGAAGAAGAGCCGUCUCCCAAGUCUGCUCUGAGCGAUUGUCUGUGCCGCCUUGGAAGUGCUAUUGUUGAAUACAAAGCUUUGCUAAUGCCACAUACGAUGCUGACAAACAAUUCUGCCUAUGCUAACUAUCAUAAGCUUGCCAUUUUGCUUGCUCUAAAACGGGUGGAUGAGGAGCUAGUAAAAGCUCAGCUACAAAUAGCAGGGGUCAAUUUGGAGAACUAUCGAAAGGAGCGAGCCAAUUUAGAAACCCAGAAGAAGCUACUUCUAGAGACAGAUGACAUCCGUGUGCCCCAAGAAGAUAUCCUUGCACUUAUUUCCAGGCGUACCGACGAUGAGCUGCACUGCCGACGAAUGCUACAUUUGGCUGCUUUGUACGGAAGUCUGAUCUCUGCAUGCACGCUCUUUGGCUUCCAUCACCUUGGUCUGUUCACUGCUAUGUUGGAUGCAUCCUUUGGCAAGACCAAAGAUGCACAGCUCUGUGUAGGCUGUCAGCUCGUUGAUCAUGGAGCUGCGUGUCAUGCAUGUCACAACUGUCGCUGCUUUUGUCGCUGUACACGCACCUAUCAGCCCACUGGUGCAUAUGUAACAAACGCAGCGCAGACCCUUCCACUUCUCUGCACAGACAUCACUAAAAAGGAGCACUUGUUAAAUGUCGUAACUAAGGUCUUCGGAGAGGUGUGCCUCACUAAGUCAUCGCUCCAGUAUCGCCUUACCUUAGGUCACACUGCUCUCUUGGAAUACAUAAGCUGCGUUGUCCUCUGUCAGCUUCCUUCGCGGGCCCCAAUAUACGUUUCUGGAAAUAUUCUGCAUAGUGCAAUUGCAGAGGCCGUCUCUGGCUCACCCGGAUAUACAGUAAUAUCCAUGAAAAAUGAGAACAAGCUGGUGGAUGACACAGAAGAAUUUUAUACAUCGUUUGUCAAUACAUUGCAGGAAACUCUAUCCGCUCAUACUCACAGUGUGAUCUUCUUGAAGGUGGAGACAAUCAAUUGGAAAGCUCUGGAUUUGCUAGGUGCUUUAACAUAUGAUUUGAAAUUGGUAGCAGGAUAUGGCAAUAUAGCCAAUACUGUCGAUCAUAACUUCAACAAGUACAGGUUUGCUUCUCCUCUCUCUAGCUACCACUUCUUUGUAACAUGGGGCCCUGAGGUCACAGAAGUGUUUAGGAGCGUCUCUACGCGGUUGAGCCUCCCUAACUUAUUUCUCUUCUCACAGGCAUCUUUUGCCGGAGGCAAUUUACAGAGCCUGAGUACGUGCAUUCUAGACUCAAAGACAGCUACGCGAACUCACUCGCUUGCUAGCUCUAUGGCUGUGCACCGAGAGAAUUUAUCAGCUAUCAUAGUUUCGUUUCUCUCCCAGUCUUACUUCACUGACCUGGUUGCGUUGAGGCUGGAACAAGAGAGCUUAAUAAAGCAAUCUAAGCUGGGAAUGAAGCAAUUUACAACUAUGCAUCUCGCUUCCGAUGAGAACACCGUGCUAACUAUGCUCCCAACUAUACAUCAGCAGAUCACUACACAGACGCAGUACAUACUGUCCAUAAACUCUAUUGAAAAGAAGCUGCUCGCACUCAUAAAGCAACGAGAUGCGUGGACACGUGGCUCUGACUCGAUUGUUUCUACAGCUACCCAGACAUUACUUGCAUUUUCAAACUACUUGGCAAGAUUGAGUGUUCGGUAUCCGGCCCUGAGCGCAUUCUGGACAACGCUUAGCCCAGAGAAUCUUCAGAAGAUCAUUGACUCAAUGGAUGGUGUCAUGAGAGAUACAGUGUUUGCUGGAUCGUUCUAUAGGUUCAUACUGUAUGCAUUAUUGCCUCUCCUUGCUCGAGCACUGCCAGUUCAACAAUACUAUAUUACUGUUCUUGCACUGAUAGUAAUAGGAGAGCUAUCAGCGCGUACUGCCAUCCCCUCUACUAUUACUACUUGGGAAGCAAUUUUCAAAGCAACUGAAUCGGAAUUAGACGAGCUUGUGACAAAGGAGCUUAAUGCAUUGCUGCCUCAGGCCAAAACACAUGCCCUGCACUCUAACAUAAUUACCUGCCUCAGUAUCCUCGCAGAAGAAAACACUGUGUCUACACGGUUAAUAGAUAACAUUUCCUCACUCACCUCUACUAUUCGCCCACAGUGCAGUCCAUCACAAUCUGAUUAUGAUUUUCUCAAUUCAGAGCAACCUCAUUUUAUCAAGGGCGGGAAUCCUAUCUUGUUUUUUACAGAAGACCCCAUAGUUACUUGUAACGCGCUGGCAGGAAAGCUACUACAGGCCAGACGACCUAUCACCAUUACGGCGGCGUCAUCUAUAGCUACACAAUCUAGGAUGAAGCUAAACGAUCUGUCGUGGAUCCAUACUCUAGCAGCUCUUGAGGAGCCAUUCUAUAGCGAUGAGUUUCCGCGAGCAACAAUGUUUAAGACCAGCCAUGACGCUUCCCAAGCAUCUUCACUAUCUGCAGUGACCAUUGUCAUCUGCCAAUCAAUUGAGUUGGUGGAAGUAGUGUUGCGCUCAGCUCGAGGAAUACCUGGUAGACUUGUCAUUGUCUUGUGGACAGGCUAUAUGGACACAAGUCCAUUGAAAGAGUCUAUGGCACUUAUAAAGUUGUUGGCGGCGUAUCCGACUGUGGCAUGUGUGCAUAGCCGCGGUCAUCUAAGCAGCUCUGCUAAGAGUAUGACGUAUAGGCCUCCCCUGGCAUCUCUUACACGAUCUCAUCUCUAUGGACAGCAAUCUUUGCAGCAGAUGUACAAGCAUCCUCCUACGGCAUGGCUUAACCUGGCCUUGGAUAUUAUCUUCCCUGCACUGAGCCCGGAGCUUACUUUGCCAAUGACCCCUUACGUAUACUUGCGGCUAGAGCGGCUGUCUCUACUCAGCAGCGUCGUCACCGAGGAGUAUUGUCCACCAAACACUAUUAUUGAGAGUAUGUUGUUUCUAGGAAAUGGAGUAGCAAGCAAGUUUUCACCAGCCACCAUAAUUCAGUACAGACAGGUAGAUCUGACGACAUUGCUGGACGGAUCCCUCUUUCAGAAGCUUAUCGCCUAUAUUCUUCGACCUCUCUGUCUUACGGAUAGUGCACAGCGCAUCAUAACCCUGUACCUGUUCUGUCUUUGGCUCUUCAUUAAGCAUCUCAAAAAGGAUGAUCCGGAGACUCUAGCAGCAAAGGUGGCCUCAUUUUCUCUCGGCGAGGUAUGUGAUACGCACCUGAAUGGCGUGAUGUGGCCUAAGGAUCAAUUUCUGGCUAUCAUUCAAUCUUUUGGUGUUAUUCUAACAUCAAAACCAGUUGAGUGGACCAAACACAAUGACUCACUGGUGUGGCAUCAUGCGAAUACCAUUUCUGGCCAUGCACCGCUUAUGGGUCGCUCUAGAGAGCUUCCUAAGCCAAGCUUUUGGUACCCCACAACACCAGUAUCCACCCCUGCUUACCCAAUAACCUACAAGGUCGCAGCUUCCCCUGGCGGUGGGUUCCACUGCUAUGCUGUACCUUUUUCCAGACCUCUUCAGACCAAUACGCCACCCGAGGACCCUGAAGCCACAGGGGAUCGCACAAGCGAAACGCACCAUGAUUUACUUCUGCAACCUGCUCCGACCGGGGCCAUAUCCUUGCUCAGAAGCUAA